GAGGGGACUUCAUGUGCUGUCAGCUGACCAAUAUGGUUGAGCAGUCUGGAUCAUGUGGAGUUCAUGGCUCUCUACAUGUUUUCUCUGUAUAGCUCAGGGCACGUGUGGCUGCAUUUGCUUAAACGAAAUCCAGCAUGCUCUGUCUGCAUUGUGUAAAUGCAAGGGGGGAGGGGAGAAAGCAUUUGCAUCUAGAAGGGUUUAGACAUGGAUUGGGACCUCACCCAAUAUCCAGCUUAUAACUGCUAUGUGAACAUGGGGGCAAGGCAGUGCCUUCUGUAGGUGUAUUUCUCUAGACCAGUCUAGACAUUGCUGUCUGCAGGGUUUAAAGAGCUGCAUGAUUGGGUAUUUUUGUGCCUUAGAUCAGAUUAUUUGAAGAGAUCUUUGAACCUUGUUAUUCUGCAACACAGCUCAAUAAACGUGUCAUGUUUGGGGGCCGUCUUAUUUUCUUGCAUACUAUGGCCUUCUAAGGGGUUCUGGAGAACUUUAAGGAUUGGAGCCUCGCUUCGCGCGUAGGGACAAGUACGGUGGACGGGUUUGUCAAGACGGACCUGUUGAAAGAUAUUACGAACAGCAAAGAGGAAGUAACGGAUGUCAUGGCGGGAGAUGAAAAUCUGCCAGAGAAGCAGGCGGGUGAGACCAACGGCUCCUGUGACAGGAGUGAAUCCAAGGACCACCACCCUAUAACCACACAUGGCGCUCAGGACGGCCCGAAACUACCCCAUCAGGACUCCACCUUCAAAACCUGUUGGGUUGCAGAGAAUGGAGUCUGUGAGCGAGAUCCUGGGGACAUCAGACCGCACCCCCUAAAAUCCAGCAACCCCACACAGACCUCUAUUGUUGGCAGCAAUGGCUUUAUUUUAAGUAAAUCUGCUGCCCUAGAGCAGCCAUUAAGGACUUCCAGCUCAUCUCCCCUUAGUGGGCACGCUGCCAAAACCCUCCCUGGGUCUGCCAGCCGAGUAAAAGCAGCGUCCGGGGCUUAUGUGACUCCAGUACCCUCUCCUGCUCCUCCACAAAUCGGAGAUUCAGCUAAGGAGGAGAACACCAACCAGCUAGAUGCAUCUUUAUCCGAUUUGAAGAUACACAGAGCACGGAAAACCAUGCCGAAAGCUGGAGGCAGUUCGCCUGUGCACAAGGACCCCAAAGAACCAACAGUUCAAAAAGAAACCAAGGAAGAGAACUCCCCCAAAAACGGCUUGGAAGGAGGGAAACUGCAGCCACUUACCCACUCAGCCACACUACAACAGGUGCUACCUCAGGGCCAGAGCUCCGGGACCAAUGCUAAAUCCCAGUCAGUUUCUGUAGUUUCUCGGAAGAAGAAACGGCGGAUGGGAACAUACAGCCUCAUACCCAAAAAAAAGGCCAGAGUGUUAAAGCAGAGAACAGUACUGGAAAUGUUCAAAAACAUCUCUCAUAGCUCAGCCGGUUCCAAGAGUGAGAAGGAGUCCGAUAUGCCUCAUGUAAAUGGGGACAGCAUGGACAUGGACUCAGAAGAAGAGUAUUCAGAAGACCUGGAGGAGGAGGACUAUCACAGCGGGGAGGCACCUGCAUCUGAAAACCAGGACGAGAGCAGUGCUUCCAAACAAGCCCCAUCAGAGGCGGACAGCUUGAAGAAGGGAGACGACAUGGAAUCAGAAGGUGACGAAGAAGCUGAAUCUGUGGGAUCGCUGGAGGAGGAAGAUGAUGACGAUGAGUCUGAUCUGAGCUCGGAAUCCAGCUUGCGGAAAAAACAGAAGAAAGGGGUCCAGACUGGGAGUCCAUGGAUGAAACCCUCCGGGAAGUGGAAGAAAAAAGCAAAGCGGAAGUCAGAAGAUGUUCUUGCUACAAGUACUGAGAACCAGGAGAAUAGCGUGGACUACACAGAAGUUUCUCUAGACUCAUUGGACCUUCGAGUUAAGGAGAUAUUGUCUCCUCAGUCCAAAGAUAUGUUCAAUGGAGCCGAGGCCAUGGAGAUGGACAGUCUUCAAGGGAUCCCCCUCUGCAGCUGCCGCAUGGAAACCCCCAAAGAAGACGAGGUGACAGAAAAGUCUGGAGAUCACUGCAUGGCAAUAGAGAGCACAGACCAUGAGUUAUCUCAGUGUACGAAUGCAGUGGUAAAGUAUGAACUGAUGAGGCCAUCGAACAAGGUGCGCCAUCUUGUGUUGUGUGAAAAUCACCGGGGACGUAUGGUCAAACACCAGUGCUGUCCAGGCUGUGGUUACUUCUGUCUAGCGGGUACAUUUAUGGAGUGUCAGCCUGAAGCCAGCAUCUCACAUAGAUUCCACAAGGGUUGUGCCACUCAUGUUAACAACACCAGCUACUGUCCACACUGUGGGGAAGAGACCUCCAAAGCCCUGGAAGUGACCAUAGCUAAGGCAGAUACCACGUCCACCGUGGCUACGACCAGCUAUGAGAAAAAAGACAGCCCAGCAGAUGGCCAGGCAGACACUACGACAGAAAGCGAUUUUACUGCCCAGAAAUCCACAGAAGAGAACAAGGUGGAUAUUCCAUCUCUCCCGACAUCUGAAGCUACAGAUUCUCCAGAAACCCCCGGGGUGGGGAAAUCUCCUAUUCUCUCACAAGUUCCAGUCAAAGAGACCCUGGAAAGCGCGCUUCUUGCUUUGGACUCAGAAAAGCCUAAGAAGCUGCGCUUUCACCCAAAGCAGUUGUAUUUUUCUGCGCGUCAAGGAGAACUACAGAAGGUCUUGAUGAUGCUUGUUGAUGGCAUAGACCCCAACUUCAAAAUGGAACAGCACGGCAAGAGAACCCCCCUGCACGCCGCUUCCGAGAUGGGCCACACCAACAUCUGCCACAUGCUCGUUCAGGCCGGAGCUAAUCUGGAUAAUUGCUCUGAAGAUCAAAGAACUCCAUUAAUGGAAGCCGGUGAGAACAACCACUUGGAAACUGUGAAAUACCUGGUUAAGGCAGGAGCGUUGCUAGAUCCCAAGGAUUCGGAGGGCUCCACCUGUUUGCAUCUGGCCGCUAAGAAGGGUCACUACGAGAUUGUGAAAUAUCUUCUGACAAACGAACAAAUGGAUGUUAACUGUCAGGACGAUGGAGGUUGGACCCCAAUGAUUUGGGCUACUGAAUACAAGCAUGUGGAUCUGGUUAAACUGUUACAUUCCAGUGGUGCAGAUAUCAACAUACGCGAUAAUGAGGAGAACAUUUGUCUGCACUGGGCAGCGUUUGCCGGUUCUGUUGAGAUUGCAGAGAUUCUACUAGCGUCGAAAUGUGACCUGCGAGCCGUGAACAUACAUGGGGACUCCCCCCUCCAUAUUGCCGCCAGGGAAAAUCGACACGAGUGUGUAAUACUCUUUUUAGCCCAUGGUUCUGACGUGAGCCUGAAGAACAAAGAAGGUGAGACACCGUUGGAGUGUGCCAGUCCCAAUUCACCUGUCUGGGCAGCUCUAAAAAAGAGCCACACAUUGAUUGACAAACCAGAACCAAAGGAGAAGCUGAUGAACAGGGACAUAUCUCGAGGCUAUGAGAACAUCCCCAUUCCGUGUGUUAACGCUGAAGACUCCGAGCCAUGUCCCACCAAUUUCAAGUACGUCUCUCAGAAUUGUGUGACUUCACCUCUGAAUGUAGACCGGAACAUCACCCAUUUACAGUACUGUGUAUGUAUAGAUGACUGUUCGUCCAGUAACUGCAUGUGCGGCCAGCUAAGCAUGAGAUGCUGGUAUGACAAGGAAGGGCGUUUGUUGCCGGAGUUCAAUAUGGUGGAGCCCCCUCUAAUCUUUGAAUGUAACCACGCCUGCUCCUGUUGGCGUAACUGUCGGAACCGUGUGGUGCAAAAUGGAUUGAAGGCUCGGUUACAGCUUUUCCGUACCAAGAGCAUGGGAUGGGGAGUGAGAUCGCUGCAGGAUGUUCCGAUGGGAACCUUUGUGUGCGAGUACGUGGGAGAGUUAAUUUCUGACACCGAGGCGGACGUUCGAGAGGACGACACGUACCUUUUUGAUCUAGAUAACAAGGAUGGAGAAAUUUACUGCAUUGAUGCCCGUUUCUACGGCAACAUCAGCCGCUUUAUCAAUCACCAGUGUGAGCCCAACUUGCUACCUGUCCGUGUCUUCAUGUCACACCAGGAUCUCCGCUUCCCUCGGAUAGCGUUCUUCAGCAGUCGACAUAUUCACGCUGGAGAGGAGAUUGGAUUUGAUUACGGGGACCGAUUCUGGGACAUUAAGAACAAGCUUUUUACCUGUCAGUGUGGCUCUUCCAAAUGCAAACAUUCGGUGAAAAUCACCUCUCAGUGCCAGCCCGUUACCCCAUUAGACGUUCCGCAAGAGAACGGAUUACCUGACACUAGCUCCUCCACCUCUCUUAGCGUCUGUUGAGAAGCGCCCAACUCGGCUACAAAUGGACGUGUUUUUUCUUUUUUUCUUUCUUUUCGUACAGGUGUCUGAAAAGACGGAUGUGGACUCUCUUUUAGACUCCGACUUUUCUAAAGACCUUUUUUGUUGCCCUCCGAAAGAGAGCGGAAUAAACACACAAAAAAACAAUAAAACCGUUUACUAGUCUUCUGGACAAAAGGCGGUGAUGGAAUCUAAAGUGAACAUUCUUACGGACACCAUCAUUCUAAACCCUUUUCUAAAUCUAAUCCUUCUGCUCAAGCAUCUCACAUCUCUGACCAGCAUUGAAGCAGUUAAUGAGUCAAAGUAUUCUCACCUCUGGGGGAAGAGUUGUAUUAAUCCUCUUUUUAUCACGGUCACUCACACAUUCAAGCAAAUUAGAUGUACUUUGCUUGUUUUCAUCUGUAAAUUUGCAAGCCUCUGGAAAAGAAGGGGGAACGGUAGCAAGCAAAAAUUCAUUCUACAAUUGUAUUUGUAUGAAACAGAAUGAGCUUACCGUAGAGGCAGAGUUACAGGAAUUUCACAGUUACCUGGGUGACUUUUUGGGGGGGAGGAUUCUUGUCUGGUGCUUACAGAUUACCAUUGCCAUCCAGAUUUGGAUGGAUUUGUACAAAUAAUAAGAAAGUGAAAUGUUCGCAUUCUAUCGGCUGCAGCAGAGGAGCCGGACCUUGGGUGCCUGCACAGCCCCAGUUUUUGUCAAACGUCUUGAAAACGGUUUAACAAAAAUCAGUGGGAUGACACCUGAAUACUCCUUGCACCUUGACGAGCAAAAUAAUCUGUACAAUAAGCUGUAGCAGUUAUGGUGCCCACAAUGUCCCAACUGCAAGGGAACCCACCACAGAAUUUGGCAAAAACUUGUUAAUUAUAAUUUAGAAAAUAGUGUAGCACAGUAUGAAUUAUAGGUUGUCAGAGCACCACUCUUGGCCAAUAGUGCCUGUUUCUGAAUUGUCACAAAGUUUGUGGGGUCAUAAACAUCUCUCUAACCUUACUGACUAAUUAGAUAACUUUGUAUCCUAAUAAUAUACACUGCUGGUGAGAACCAAGGGUGUGUUUAUGUCAUUGUGUUUUGGCUAUGACUAGAUCAUUGGUAGUCCUGCACAGCUCAAGGGAAACCAGGUUAAAUUUGAAUUAUUUUGGAACAGAUAUAAGUCACUGGCUUAAAACCAAAAUGAUCAUUAUAUGUCCACUUUAAUCUGGAGUUGAAAUUUCAAACUUUAUUUUCCUCGAAGCACGAAGUUAAUAAAACUCCACUUUUAUUUUA